CCAUUCGUAUUCUGUCCUUUCUCUAUUGCAUCUGUAGACUACUCAAAACACUCCCUCUCUCCCUCUCUCUCCUCAGGACCCCAAUAUAACUUCCCAACUCUCCCUCUCUCCCUCUCUCUCAAAUGGCAAGCCCAACAAUACUCUCACCUUGCAGCAGCGGAAGACGAAGCAGCGACUACAACUCCCCCGAGUUCGAGUUUUGUAUGCUCCGAAACCCAUCUUUCCCUCAACCCACCCUCCUCUCCGCCGACGAGUUGUUCGUCGACGGCGUCCUCCUCCCCCUCCACCUCCUCCCCCCCUACCACCACCACCCACCCGACGACCCACAUCCCCAACCACCAAACCCACAAUCUACCACCCCCAACCCAGACCCACCUCCGAAUCCAGAACUCGCUACUAGAUCCGACUUAUCGAUCGACCCACCAGGCUCAUCCGCCACCGCAUUGACAGCUUCUAAGCGAUGGAAAGCCUUAUUCAAGAAGAGCGAUAGAAAAAUCAAAGAAAAGAAAAAAGAGAUUAAAGCUGGAACUGGUGGAGCCACCUCGGCGGAGCUGAAUAUAAAUCUAUGGCCUUUUUCACGGAGUAGAUCCGCCGGCAACGGCGGAACUCGGCCCAAGAUGGUCGCCGGAACGGCGGCGACUCGGAAGGUGAGUAGUGCGCCAUGUUCACGGAGCAACUCGGCGGGCGAGUCCAAGUCCAAGAAGUGGCCGAAUAGUCCGAACCGAGGUGGGGUCCAUUUGGGUCGGAGCAGCCCGGUUUGGCAGGUUCGGCGUGGAGGCUCGGGUGGGAUGAGCUCCGACCGAGUGGGGGUUCGGAAUGUCGAAAAGGGUGUUCGAAAAGAUGGAAACGAAAAUCGCCGGAAAAAAUCCUCCUCCGCCUCCACCGCCUCCGCAGGCGGUGGUGGUGGUGAUGGAAGUGGUGGUGCCAAAGCGAGGACUUUGAAUUUGAAUGUUCCGAUGUGUAUUGGGUACAGGCAGCAUUUGAGUUGUAGAAGUGGCGUCUCCGCCGAGGGCGGUGGAGGAAGUGGUAGUCACGGCGGCGGUGGUAGCAGCCCGGACGACGGUGGACGGGGCGGUAAUUUGUUUAAUCUGCGUAACCUCUUUACCAAGAAAGUGUAUUAACUCCUUUGUUCUUCUUUUGUUAAAAUAUCUAGUUAAUAAUGUAAAUUUUAAUUAUCAUGUUUAUUUUGUUUAUUAUUAUUUUUUUCUUGUUUUUUUCAUGUAAUUUUUUUUUUUUUGUUUUAUUGUUGUUUGAUCGACUUGUUUUAACUGUAAAUAAAAGUUCUAGUUUCCUUUGCUUCGUUUGUAA